AUGGAAAAAUGCGAAACGACUAAAGCAGUACGUUCAACGGGAGCAGUUGAAAUCGAUUUCGACGAGCAUAUCUACAGCCACCCAGAGUACACUCAGAAACUUUACGAUCAUCAUGGAUUUAGUGCACAAACUCUCUACGAGCUUAUCGAACAAGCAGUACAACACCAUUUCAAUCCUACUCUUACACAUGGAGAAAUCGGAUUUUGGCAAGGAAAUGCUAAUAAAUUAAUAAAUGAAUUUAAUGAUUUUAGACCGAAUUUACUUACCAUGGUUCCUCGUCUUCUCAACAAAUUAUAUGAUACAGUUAUGUCAGAGACCAGUCGAAAAGAUCAUUUGUCUAAAAGUGAUUUCAUCAAGAUGGCUAUUCAAUCAGAUUCGUGCAAUGUUCGGGAAUAA